AUGAGUUCCCAGCGAGCGAAACUUAUAUUAAAGUUAGCAAAAACCAAAGCAAGAGUAGAGAAGAAAGAGAAUGGUGCGCAGGAUAGUUGGAAAAUUUCGCAGCAUAAUAAUAUUGGCAGUACCAGCAGUACUGCAGAGGAAGCUGUUAAUAGCGUCACGGUCAAUAAAGAGUCCCAAAACAUGAUUGAAAGUAAUAAUAUCCGCAAUAGUUUAAAAGAAGCCAAAAAUGCAACCGAAGAUAAGAAUAAUAUAGAGUCUGUAAAUCAGAUCGAUCUGCCAAGCCAAAACGUUAUCUCCCAAACGACAAUCAUUCCUGGUAUCAUCUUUGAUGAGAGUUCAGAAGAUAUUGGAGGUGUUACAUUAAUAAAUAGAACUCGAUAUCAGGGCUUACUUAGAGCGCAUGAAUAUGAAGAAUUCCCUAGCAGUAAUGGUCCUAGCAGUGAGCUAAUAGAAGAAGAAGCCACUUCUGCUAAAGUAUUUUCUGUUGAACCUGCAAUUCAAACAGAUAACAAUUCAAGUAGUAGGUCCCCAAGUGAUUCGGACCCGACCAGUUCUGAAGAAGAACCUUUUGGUUCUGGCUUCAGAAGAAGAUCCUGAUUUUGAACCAGAAAACAUAUUGUCUUCCAGUGAAUCCGAAGUAGAUGGUAUACCUCAAAAUGUAGCUUUACAAAUACGUCGUUCAGUGCACUAUCCUUCUGAAACAGAGAAGCAAACUAAAAAACGAAAAAGAGUCCCAGAUGAAUGGCAAAAGAAUAAAGCGAAACGUCUUAGAAACACAGAUAAAAGUUAUGAAUCCAUUAGAAAAAUCAAGAAAAGUGAUGGAAGUAUCGAACGGAUGAAAGUAAAGGGAGAAGAAAGAAAGAUGUCCGCGCCCUGUGGGGAAAAAUGCCGCUUAAAGUGUUCCACCAAAAUCUCACAAGAUCAGAGGCAAAAAAUUUUUGAAGAAUAUUGG